GAAGCUCUUCUUUCAAAAUUGGGCGUGUAGUACAACGUUCAGAGAGAAAUAAAUUCCUUCUUCAUACACUGGACUUUUAAAAACGUAAAUCAAUAUACAGUUCAACGUACACCUUUCGCGGCAGUGGGAAAAAAAGGAUAUUUUAAAACAGGAUCCUGCAUGAUCGACGUGUCGUGUAGCGAUGGCGUUGGAGGAAGCGGCGCGGAGCUGUCUGAUGCGCUAUCGCCACCGGCUGGAGGACGACAUCAAGCCCCCCUACCUGAUGGACCACAUGGUCAGUGACGGCGUGCUGACUGUGGACGAGGAGGAGAGGAUAAAGAACCAGCCCACCAGGAAGGAUCAGGCCGUGGCUCUGCUCGCCCUGCUGCUCAGCAAGGACAACCGUGCCUACAUCUCCUUCUACAAUGCAAUGGUCAAGGAGGGCUACAACGAUUUGGCCAAUCUGCUUUUUCGUGACCUUCCCCACGGGUUACCCGAGGGUCACAAGCGCUCCGCUGAUUGCUGCACGCCUUACGUGCAGACAGUGCUCAGCGAGGGGGGCGUCCCACAGAGGCCGGUGGUGUUUGUCAGCAGACCAGAGCUCGUGAACCGCGUCAGGGAGAAACUCUACCGGCUGCAGAAGGAGCCCGGCUGGGUCACCGUCUUCGGCAUGGCCGGCUCGGGCAAAUCCGUCCUGGCUGCUGAGGCGGCAAGACACCAUGGACUCAUUGAAGAUUGCUUUCCCGGCGGAAUCCACUGGUUGUCCAUCGGCCAGCUGGACAAACCAGACUUGCUGGUGAAGAUCCAGUCAUUGUGUUUCCGUCUGGAGCAGAGCUUUGACUCCCAGCCCCUCCACCGCCCCCCCAACUCUCUGGACGAGGCCAAGGAGCGUCUGCGCUUCCUCAUGCUGCGCAGAUAUCCAAGAUCCCUCCUGAUUCUGGAUGACAUCUGGGACAGCUCAGUGCUGAAGGCGUUUGAUCUCCACUGCCGGAUACUUUUGACCACCAGAAACAGAAGCCUUGCUGACUCUGUCAGUGGCUCCAGAUACGAGGUGGAAGUGGAAAGUGGCCUGGAUGAAAACAAGGGACUGGAGAUACUUGCCCUGUACACUAAAACCAAACCCCAGGGACUUCCCGAGGAGGCUCGCAGCAUUGUUAGAGAAUGCAAAGGUUCCCCACUGGUGGUGUCCCUGAUCGGGGCUCUACUGCGAGAGAGACCCGACCGCUGGCGCUACUACCUCGGCCAGUUGCAGCAGAAGCAGUUCAAGCGAAUAAGGAAGUCAUCGUCUUACGACUACGACGCCCUGGACCAAGCCAUGGCAGCGAGCAUCGAAGUCCUACCCGACGAACAUCGGGAAUUCUACAAGGACCUCACUGUGCUGGAGAAGGACACCAAAGUCCCUGCAAAGGUGCUGUCUGUUCUGUGGGACCUGGAGACGGAGGAGGUGGAGGACAUUCUCGAGGAGUUUGUCAACAAGUCUCUGCUAUUCGUGGACAGUCACAAUAAACCCUACCUGUACUACCUCCAUGACCUCCAGCUGGACUUCCUGGUGGAGCAGAAUCGCACCCAGAUCGAGAGUCUCCACAAUAAGGUGGUGCUUAAGUACCAGCAGCACUACAAAGAUGCCCACUCCACCUCAGGAGAUGAGGAAUGUCUCUACUGGAUCAGAUUCCUGACCUAUCACAUGGCCAAAGCCAACCUCUUCCAGGAGCUGUACUCGCUCAUGUUUUCCCUGGACUGGGUCAGCACCAAGGCCCAGUUGAUGGGUCCGGCUUACCUCAUCAAUGACUAUGUGGAGUAUGGACCCAUUCUGGACAAAGAGAACUCUGAGACGCGGAGUCAAUUCCAGGAGUUCCUCUCUCUGAACGGCCACCACCUGGAGCAGCGUCCGUUCCCUGACGUGGUGCAGCUGGCUCUGUCUCAGCCGCACACAUCCGAGGUCUACAGACAGGCCCUGCUGCAGGCACGCGACCGGGCCACAACGGGGGGGCUCUACUUUGAGUGGCUGAACAAGGGCAGUGUAGAGAGUCUGUCCCGACUGGUGAUCCACCCCCACCAGGGCUCCAUCUACUCCGCCUGCUUCUCCCAAGACGGAGCCAAGAUUGCCUCCAGUGGAGCCAGCAAGACACUCAAGGUGUUCAAAAGCACCUCGGGUGAGAAGCUCAUGGAGAUCCAGGCCCAUGACGACGAGGUGCUCUGCUGUGCCUUCUCCCCCGACGACCGUCUCCUAGCGACCUGCUCCAGCGACAGGAAAGUCAAGGUGUGGAACGUGGAGAGAGCCAUGCUGCUCCGGGUCUUUGAGGAGGAGCACCAGGAGCAGGUCAACCACUGUCAGUUUACCAACUCGCCGCGACGCCUCCUGCUAGCCACCUGCUCCAACGACGAGUACAUGAAUACCAAGCUGUGGAACCUCAACAAGCCGUCGUCACAGAACACCAUGUUUGGCCACUCUGAGCCGGUCAACCACUGCUGUUUCUCCCCCGAUGACAAGCACCUGUCCACGUCCUCCAACGACGGCACCGUAAAGCUGUUCCACGUGUCGCCUGCCAACGAGUGGAAGACCAUCAACGUGAGAGCCGCGUUUGCGGAGAGCGAGGAAGAGGUCCUCGUCAAGUGCAGCACCUGGACGGCUGACGGAAAACGCAUCAUAUGUGCAGCCAGGAACGCUGCUCUGGUGUUUGACGUGGAGACGGCGGACAUGUUGCUGGAGAUCAGAACGAAUCGUCUGAGCACGGUGCAAUACUGUCACGCCUGUCCCACCAGUAACCUGCUGGCAAUCGCGUUCUCAAACUACGCCGUGGAGCUAUGGGACCUGGAGGCCAACAAGAAGAUGGCGGACUGCAGUGGUCACCUGAGUUGGGUGCAUCGGGUCCAGUUCUCUCCUGACGGCUCACAGCUGCUCUCCUGCUCCGCCGACCAGACUGUCCGGUUAUGGGAGACGAAGAAGGUGCACACCACCUCGGCCAUCUGCCUGAAAAGAGACUCCGACGUUCUCUUCAACGACGAAGAAAUCAUUGUGUCAGCUGCAGACAACUGCAACCGACUGCAGGUACGCGACGGCCGGACGGGAUCCGUGCUGUUCCAGUCGGAGGAGAAGCCGUCCAGGAUCCGGUGCACGUGCAUGUGCAAGCAGCCCUCUGCUGUGGCGCUGGGCCAGGAAGAUGGCACCGUGCAGGUUUUGGAGGUGCCCUCUGGGAGGCUCCUAGCUACGCUGCUCGGACACACCAAGACGGUGCUUCACUGCCGGUUCGGCCAGAGCGGCCAAACCCUCCUCACGUCCUCCGAGGACACCACCAUAAGGGUGUGGAGGUGGCAGUCUGGGGAGUGCAGAGUACUGCAGGGUCACAAGGAGCAGGUCAGAUGCUUCUCUCCGCUCCCCGGUGACACCAAACUGCUGUCCUGGUCCUUUGAUGGCACUGUCAAGAUGUGGGACGUAGACCGUGGAGAGAAGCUGCGGGACAUCGAGGCUCACCGGGGAGCCAUCCUGUCCUGUCGCGUGUCGCCCGACGGGCGCCUCUUCGCCACCACCUCUGCCGACAGCACCGCUAAGCUGUGGCACAGUGAGUCCUGGGAGUGUGUCCACACCUUGAGCGGCCACCAAGACUGUGUCCGAAGCUGCCGCUUCUCCUGGGACGGCCGGCGCCUCGCGACAGGAGACGACAACGGGGAGAUCCGGCUGUGGAGCGUGGCGGAGGGCUCCUUGCUGAGGAUCUGCUCGCGUGACGGAAAGGACGCCAUGGACUCGCUCCACGGAGGCUGGGUGACCGACCUGCACUUCUCCCCGGACGACGCCCUCCUGGUCUCCACUGGCGGCUACAUCAAGUGGUGGGACGUGGAGACGGGCGAGGCCCUGCAGACCUUCUUUACCACGGGGACGGCGUUGAAGAGGAUCCACGUCUCAUCCGACUUCUCCACCUUCGUCACCAUCGACAGCAUCGGCAUCCUCUACAUCCUGCAGCGGGUGGUGUGAGACACUGCUGCCCGAGACCUACAUUUCUUUGCACUCCUUACUCCGCUAACUUGACUUUACCAGAUACCACCAGCUGCAAAUGAAAUACUGAUCAACUGCUGGAAGGAUGGUCAAACAAUCGCAGCUCAAGGAGUCUUAAGGUGAAGACAGGAGAUGCAAAAGUUGAGCUUUUUUCUCUCUCUGAAUGCGAGCAAAGCAACAUGCAGCGUUUUGGUACGUUCAGGCCUUUAAAUCAUUAAUGUCAACAGGGGAAAGAUAAAUGUGAACAAUAGUCGUUAAUCAAUGUGGCAUCAGAACAUUAUUGCAUGCGAUUUGUGAUAUCGAGUACUGUACGUCCGUUGCUCCAUUAGAAAUAAUGAAGUGCAUUUGACGCGUUUAUGCUGUGAUGUUAUAGAACUUCCAUCUUUGUGUUUGAGGGAUCAUCUUGUGGGUGCGUUCUAUAAACAGUUCUGGGCCUUUUAUUUACACUGCAGCCUCAAUCUUAAUGUAAAUACUGGAGGGCGUGUAUGUUCUGUGCACAUGGCUUUUGCCUUUUUCGAGCCAUCAGCAUAGACUGAGGUGAUGGUGCAUUUAGAACAAACAUUUAAAAAAGAAAUAACAUUAACUUUUAAAAAUCAGGAUUUUGAAAUUGAAUAAUCUUUUGACAGCUGGCAACUCUAUCUGUACAGCCAAAUUGAUUUGUACCUUUCAUCAGAUGGUUUCUGUAUGUGAUUUUUAAUGAUGUUUGCCCUUGCUAAUGUUUAAGAGCACUUUUAGUGCUGCAUUAACUGAGAGCUUUUA